GAGAGUGCGCGACGCUGACUCGGAGGAAGCUGGUCCGAGCGCACCUCGAAGAACGCAGCUAGGGUUAGGAGCAUGGACAGGACUGCGGCAAUGGCAUGGAAAGCCCUGGUCGCGGCAGUCACCGUGCGGCUCAUCAAACUCUCGCACACAGCUCUUCCCAAUUGCAAAUGCUCAUAUACAUAAGUACAUGGCCUCGGUACGUCCUCGAGGCCCCCUCGCUACUUCUGGCCCCACCGCCAACACUCCUCCGCUCAGGACUGCGCCUCCGCUCAUAAAUUCACGUCGCGUGCUCGUAGAGUGCGAGUGCGAAGAUGUCCGAUCUCCAGCCUACCGUUGCAUCUCCUCCCUCCCCCGACGCCUCACACACACAAGUCAUGCCAUCAAGUGCCGACGAUCUUAUUGAUCUCGGUCAGAGCAGUGCCGAUAAACAGGAUGACGAGGGACCGGGCGCCGAUGAACAGAGCGAUGAGGAACCCAGUGCCGAUGAAUGGAUUGUCCAGAAAUACACCGAAACACGGACCUUCAGACGCUGGCGGGAUGCCUGUUUUCAAGGCACUCUGCCCCUGACCCUCUCCGCUCGCGUCCCCCUCGAGAUCUUCGAGCUCGUCAUCGACAAGAUGGAUUCUCCCGCAUUGACCGCCGCGGCGCUGGUCUGCGCAGCAUGGUACCCUCGAGCGAUGCGCAACCUCUACCACACCAUCGAUAUUGGCAGCCGCACAAGCUACGACAUGCUAUUCAAGCAGUGUAACGCGUCACCACGCGUCAAGCGGUGGCUUGCGAGGACACGCGUGCUGGUGGUACAUGAGCCAUCUGCAUCCUCGCCGUCAGGCAACAAGACCAAGAGUCACAGUCACUUCUUACAAGCACUACCGUCCGCGCUCGCUAAUUUGAUGCCUCGUGUACGCACCCUUGACAUCUGGGAUGGAAGACUUCGUUUCGUCCGCCCGGAUUUCUUCCUCGCCCUGUCGAGGUUCAAGUCUGUCAAGUCGUUGAUGCUUUUCGAUUGCCAACUGAGCAACGUGACGCAGCUGCGGCGGAUUGUGUCUGCCUUCCCCGGCUUGCACACCUCACGGUGCAAAAUCUUGAUUUUGCUCAGCAAGAUGCUGCCAGCUACGCGGGAGCCUCACUAUUUCAAGCACCAUCUCACACUCGUCUUCGACGUCUUGAGGUCCGCGUGGAACAUGAACAGAUGGUGAUGUUCCUCGACUGGAUAACACGCUCAGGCCUCUGCACCUCACUUGCGGAUCUGUCAAUCUCCACAAACUAUUCCACCCCAGCCCCGACACCCCUGAACCGACUCCUGGAAACGACGGGCGCAUCGUUGACCCGUUUUGACGAGGAUC